CGCCCAACACCCGCUCGCCCUCCUCUACUUCUGCCGCGCCACCAACCAUCCAUCGCUGACGCUUCCAACCCAACUGAAUUCAAACGAAGCGAACAACACGAACCAUGCAGGCGCAAUCCCGCCUCGCUGCUGCCGCGAGCGGCGGCAGCGGCAGUGGAAUUAGCGGGAGCGGUGGCAUUAGCAGGUUGGGUGGUGGAGCGGGGGAGGAGCACGAGGCGGUGGUGAGGGAGCUGACGCGCGGGCACGAGCUGACGGCGCGGCUGCGGGCGGAGGCGCUGCGGGCGCUGCGCGGGCAGGGGCAGGCCGAGGCCACCGCUACAUUCAUCCUCGGGGAGGUCUCCCGCGCCUUCACCGUCUGCCUCUCCAUCAUGGCCAGCGCCUCCCCGUCCGCCUCGCCGCCACAACCGGACGAGACGCCGCCGGCCGACUCAGCCGUCUCGCCACCACCACCGCGCGCGGCGAGAGAGGACAACGUCCCGCGAAAGAGAUUAUUGACAGCCUCUCCUUACGACGAUGGGUACCAGUGGAGGAAGUACGGUCAAAAGAAGAUCAACAACACCAACUUCCCAAGGAGCUACUACAGGUGCAGUUACCACCGGGAGCGCAGAUGCCCCGCGCAGAAGCACGUGCAGCAGCGCGACGGCGACGACGUCCCGGCGCUGCACGUCGUCGUCUACACCCACGAGCACACGUGCCUGCAGGGGGCGCCCGCCGAGCUUCCCGACGCGGCGACGAACGGUGGCGCCGCCGCCGCCGCGUCGCCGGACUACUUCCCCGCCGGCGGCGAGACGCCGUCGUCGCUGCGGCGGCUCCGGGGCGUCGGCGGCGGCGGCCUGCAGCCUCAGUUCGUGGACCACCGCGCCGCCAUGGAGGAGCGCGAGCGCCAGGUGCUCGUCUCGUCCCUCGCCCGCGUGCUGCAGGGGCGGCAGUGCUACGACGACGACGACGACGACGACACCGACGUCGCCUCCCUCGGCGCCGUGCACGCGCGCGCGCCUGCGGCGGCGGCGCCGGUCGCCGCGUCGUCGUCGUCGUCCGGGCCCGUCGACGCUGCCGGCGAGGAGCUGGACGUCAUGGACUACGACAUGACGGACGCGCUGUUCUGGGGGCCUUUCGGCACGGACAGCAACUCGUACGACGGAAACCUGACGUCGACACGCUGUUUUGAUCUAAUUAAUUAAUCAGGCGCGCAUCGAUCCUACAUGUGGUUCGGUCGAUACAUAUGACGAGUCGCGGUGCGCAUGUCCACGGCUAUCGGUAGGCCGUUGGAUUCGGAUAUACUACUACUACUACUACUACUACAUUUUGCAUGAAUCGUAUACUACGUACAAGCGUACUACUACUAAUUUGCAUUACGUAUGUACCUUGUGUGUUGUAAAAUUAAAUCAACCCUGUGUUGUGCAACUAUUAUGAUUGCACUAGGUUAUAUGGGUUGCGUAGUUGAUUAAGUUUGGUCCGGUCGGUUGGAGUGGUUUUUGUAUGCACACGUACCAAUAUGCUGUACGUCUCACUGUCUCGGUGAUUCUCACACCAAAUAGGCAAAGUGCAAAAUUAGCAAAGGCUGUGUUUAGAUUUAAAGUUUAGAUCCAAACUUUAGUCCUUUUCCAUCACAUCAAUCUAUCAUACACACACAACUUUUCAGUCACAUCAUCUCCAAUUUCAACCAAAAUCCAAACUUUGUACUGAGCUAUACACAACCAAAAUACACAAUAGUGUUGUAUGACGUGUGGCUUUCCCUAUUUGUCAAGCAAAUAGCAAAUCUGAUAUACAGUAUUGACUACUUGUACCA